GGCGAUCGGUUUUAUUGUCAUCUGCUUUGUAUUUUUAUCAUCAAAUAUCAUUUUCCCGGACAAAAUAACGUUAAAUUUUAGAAACUUUGACAAAAAUUACCCAAAUAUUUAAAUGACAUCUUUUCAUGCAAUGUUACUUGGGGUGACGUUUCUUUUGCGGUUCAGUAUGUAACGGAUUUUAGAAAUUCCAGGUAAAAAUGUAGAAUGUUCAAAUAGCUACUUUUAUGUAUACAUGUAUAUAUUUACAAAAGCGGAUACAGAUUUACACAAUGCAUAAAGAAACAUGAAGUUAGUGUUACAUCAUCACAUGAAAAACAGGUGCCGCACUGAAGUCACCCAGUAAAGAUACUUUUAGGCGAUGUAGGGUCACAGUUUGGCUCGUCCCUCCUUUUUGACAGGUCAAUGGGUUAGUGAAAGUUAUAUAUAUUACUCAAAACAGGUCACAAAGGGUCAAACGAAUAUUCCUGCAUGACCUUUACUUUGACAUACAAAACAAAAAAAAUAGAAUUUCUGAUCGCAAAUCCGGUUGGAAUGGGUUCAGUUUGCCUGACGUGUCUGAUGGACAGCAUGCCCCAGUGGUCUGUUGACGAGCACGAGGUGGUUAACUCGAUAUUGACAUAGUGAUCGUGUGUAACAAAGUUCUGUUUGACCCCUCAGUGCUGACGUAUUGUCUGAGACUUUUAUGACUUGUGUCAAGUGUUGAUUUGCAUGCUUCUGGUACUCACAACUUACCAAACUGUAUUACAAUAAAUUUAAAAUAUUUGGAAUUUUGUUUUAUAUUGAAAUAUCACAUUCAGUUACCCUUAAAAGUAGUCUUCCAGAACGCAGGUGUUGUGAUUAUAGGGGUUAAGCUGUAAGUAAGGAGCAGUCCUUGUGAGCUCUCUUUGAAAAAUGACGCAAUUUGGAAUACGUUUGUUUUUUAUUUUUUUUGUUUGUUUGUUGUUUCACGCCGCACUCAGCAAUAUUCCAGCUAUAUAUGGCGGUUUUGGAAUACUUAUUUUGAUAGAAGUAAUUUGGAAAAUAUCAAAUAAUUUACCCGGACGUUUAAAAAUAAUUUUUGCUUAGAAUUAUGGGGGCUAAUACAGGGAUUUGAUCUCACAUCAACGAAUCCUGGAAUUGUUAAGGGACGCAACUCUUAAUAGGCUGUGCCCACAAUGGUCUCGUCGAGGCUUGUAAAAUAUGUCAAAAUAUGAAACAAGUAACAGUUAUGCUGUGGCUUUGGUAUGCUAAGACGGUUCUUAAUCCUCCGCGUCAAGCUGAUGGGCACGCGCUCAGCGGUUUUAAUUGUGAUCUGUAUCCCCGUCGAGAGGAUUAGGUCGUAUGACCAGCGGGCAGACAUAACUGACCACACCGAGCCCGCCCACUGCCUUGACCAUACGGGAUGACCUGUAGGCGUAGACACCAUCACGACCUUUCACAGCAACGGGGGUCGAUUUAGGUAGAUAUAUAAAUGACGAAAAAAUAUAUAACGGCAUUCAAAGCUGUUCACGGGAUCUACACUGACAAUGAACAAAGCAAUAAUUGUGGCUCUUCUGCUGACUGCCUUAGUGGCACUGGUCUACUCUCACCAUCAUCAUCACCAUCACCGCCGUCACAGGCAUCAUCACCACCAUCACCACCACCGUCAUCACAGACACCAUCGCCACAGACACGGUCACGGACAUCAUCAUCAUCACCACGGCAGCAGCAGCAGCAGCAGCGGUGGUAGCAGCAGUAGCAGCAGCGAGAGCGAGAGCGAGAGCUCCAGCAGCAGCGAGGAGAUCAUCGUCCACCACCAUCACUCCUCCGGCGGUGGGUCUUCCGGUUCCUCAGAGUCCAGCGGAUGCUCCAGCUGUGGAGGGUCUUCUGAGUCUUCCGAGUCUUCAUCCGAGGACUACCCUAUCCCAAUCCCUGUGCCCAUCCCCCACGGCGGCGGCGGCAGUCACAGCCACACCAACUACCUCCCCAUCGUCCUCACUACAGGCGGAAAAUAAUUUCUGUUUGACGAUCCUGGCUGAUACCGUCAGAACAACGUCACAGAGGUGUGCCUGAUCACUGUCCUACGAAGUCUAUGUUAUUGAUGAUGUCGGUCAUGGCGUCAACAAGUUGUUAUGGUUGAAAUAAAGAAG